CGUCGUAAAAAAGUAGGGGAAAAAACAGGGGAAUUCGAAAAUCGUGCCAAGGACUUCGCCGUCGCCGCGAGGCCGCACCCAUCAWGAAGUGAAGAACCCUCAAAAUAGAAGCCCACAAUCAAUCAAUCAUAUAAACGAGAAUCAUAGGUUGAGGCCUAAGGCCGCAGGGAGGCAGGAACCGAAACCAGACGUCCAGAAUCUCCAUACCACUCUUUGUAUCAAUAGAUUUAGCAUAUUCGAAGUUUCGAACCAAUCUGUUGAUCCGUUGAAAGCCUUUGACGAUCUCUCCGGACUAUGCUGACGAGAUCAUUCCGGACAAAGUCUCGGUCUUGAUUUCCACGUCGUUGUUCCAAAUUCUUUAUUAUUUGCAACUCUCCUGUUUAUUUAUAAAUCUUUCUUAUCACUCUAAUCACCACGUCCCUCCCUCCCGUUUGCUUUGUGCUUUUUUUCAUUUGUUGAUUUUCCUCUCCUUCUCUCUCUCUCUCUCUUCUUUUUUUUUCUUGAAUUUCUUUCCUUCUUCGGGAGGGAGGGGGGAUGAACUGAUUUUGUACUGUUACGAUUUGAUGGUUAUUUCGUAUGGGUAUUUUUUAUCUUCUCCUUUGAGAUCUUUUUUUUUUUUAAUUUAUUUUUUUUAUGAAUAGUUAGCCUUGAGCUUAUCUCAGAAAGCCCGUUUCGUUUCUUGGAUUCCUUACUGCUAAUUAGCUAUGAACCAUUGAUUUUAUGAGAUGGGCACUUCUGAUCUUUUAUCUUGAAAUUGUAUUCGGACUUCGGAAUAUUUCUUUCAGUUUUUUGUAGGAAAAAUGGAAUCUUUUUCCGUUACUGAGAUAUCAUAGAAUAUUUUUGGAUGGGUCUUUGUGAUUUUCGAGACUAUCUACAGCGGAGCUUUUCGUUUCUUAAUCUUCUCGGUUUCGUCGGAAAACGGAGGCUCUUAUCCGACUCAACUUUGAGAUGGGGAUAAAAAUUUAGAUGGGUGUUUGUUGUUGCCUGCAAGCCCAUUUUGAUAUUUGCCUGUAACUUCUUUAUCUUAGGAUUUGAGGAAAUUCCUUGCAAUUCUAUAUUGACAUUUUUAUUCAAUAACUCCUAGGUUUCUGGAAAAUUACUUGACUGGUUUUUCUAGGGUUGGCUUGAAUAUGAAAUCGUUAUGGUAAAAAGGCAAAGUUUUCGCUUGCUUUCUCGUCGAAUCAUUUCUUCAUAUUGGCCUGCGAUGGCAUUACUUAACAAGGAGCCAUUCUUUGGGGGUUUCCACGGGUUUAGACGGGUGCAUACGGCAAACGUGAAGCCUCGGUUUCCUGCAAAGGUUUCCAUUGACGCAGGUAGCAGUUUAUGGAUAAAUGCCAGCAAGGUGUUAAGCUUGAAGGGUUCCUAUGAUCACUGUGACAGUCUUAGGAUGAAGGCAAUUGAUGGCUUGAGCUUGAAUGGAUGCUCUGAUCACUUUGACCGCCUUGGCAGAAGGGCCGAUGAUGGAUUCCAAAAGGCUCAUGCAUUGGCUCCAUACCCUCAGCUCGCUCGCGAUUUGGAGGUUGGGCUUGAAGAGGCCAAAGGUGCCAGCACCCGGUCGAUGAGUGAUCGUGGUUCGUACAAGGGUGGGAAGUCUCUUGGGUUCCUUGAUCAACCAGUGCCCAAUAAACUCAUUGUUGCCGUCGAUGUGGAUGAGGUUCUUGGAAACUUUGUUUCGGCCUUGAACAAAUUUAUUGCUGAUCGUUACUCUUCAAAUCACUCAGUUUCAGAGUACCAUGUGUAUGAAUUCUUUAGGAUAUGGAAUUGUUCUCGGGAUGAAGCUGAUAUCCGUGUUCACGAGUUUUUUAAGACUCCAUAUUUCAAGAAAGGGAUUCAUCCUAUCCCAGGUGCUCGACAGGCUCUCCAUAAGCUAUCUGCAUUUUGUGAUCUAUCAGUUGUGACGUCUCGGCAGAAUGCAAUCAAAGACCACACAAUUGAAUGGAUCGAAGAGCACUACCCAGGAUUAUUUCAGGAGAUUCACUUUGGCAAUCACUUUGCUUUGGAUGGGAAAUCAAGACCCAAGUCAGAUAUUUGCAGGUCCUUGGGAGCACAAGUUCUGAUUGAUGAUAACCCACRAUAUGCCAUUGAAUGUGCAGAAGUUGGAAUUAGGGUUCUACUUUUUGAUUAUCAAAAUUCAUACCCUUGGUGCAAAACAGGAUCAGAUAAUUUGCAUCCCUUGGUGACUAGGGUUCAUGACUGGGAAGAAGUAGAGCAACGGUUAGCAUCGUGGGUUUUGUCUUAAGCUUUCUAGCAGCCUUAAUUGGUGCUAACCAGAAUACCCAUCUGUUUUUAAAUACUCGCCUGGUUCAUGUAUCGUAAAAGAUUGCGUAGAUUCUGAAAGUACGGAUCGUCUGAUGCUGCAAUAUUUAGCAAGACAGGAGAAGACUAGAAAAACCAGGUCGAUGACAGGAGAAAAGUUGUUAGUUGGUUCAUGGGUGUUUUUUGAGACGUAAUGCUACCAAUGUAAAUUGUAAAAUAGUGGUGGGAGACUCGAUAUUGAUUGGCUGAUUCUGGAUGUUAAUGUUCACUUUGAUUUAUCUUUCAAUUGUAAUUCCAAUUUGAUAAUUCCAGCAAAUAUACUUCGUCAGGAACUGUUUUCCUUCA